AUGUCUGAGAAUUUAAAUAGCCCUACUAAUACACUUGAAGAGUGUAGUGAUGAAGAUGAUUUAAAUAAUCAAAUUUAUGCAGAAAAUGAAAGUGAUCAUGAUGAACUUAGUUUUGAGCUUGAAUAUAAUAUGGAAAGUGAAACUCUUGAAGAAGCUGAAGGUGUAAGUAUGGAAGAAAUAAUUGAAGAAAAUAUAAAUAAAGAUUCAAGAUUAGUUCAAUCAAAAACUUCAAGUAAUAUUUAUAAAUCUGAUGUUUGGGAUUAUGUUAAUGAAGAAACUCGUAAAUGUUCUAGAUGUCCAAAAAUAUUUGCACCAACUACAGCUACUACUUCUAUUCGUAGUCAUUUAAAACAACAUAACAUAUCAUUUGAUAAAUCAAAGCAAACUACUUUGGAUAUUAUAAUUAAAAAGCAUUCACCAAAGAUUCAAGCUGAGAAAACCCAGGCUAUAAUUGAGUGGAUUGUAUUAGAACUUAAAUCAUUUAAUAUUGUAGAAAAAAGUGCUUUUUUUAAUAUGAUUAAUAAAUUAGAUCCAUCAUAUGAAAUUCCUACUAGAAAUACUAUUAAAAAUUCAAUUAUUACACAAUUUAAUCAGCAAAGAAAUUUAGUAAAAAAUUAUUUAGCUAAAAUUUCAAAUAAUAUUGCUUUAACAGUUGAUAUUUGGACAUCUAUUAAAAUGGAAAGCUUUUUAGGAAUUACAGUUCAUUUUAUUGAUGAUAAUUGGAUUUUGCAACAUUUUGUUUUGGAUAUAUUUAGAUUUAAAGAAUCACAUACAGGAGAAUUAAUUGCUAAUAAAAUUUAUGAAAUAGUUAAAGAAUUUGGAUUAGAAUCUAAAAUAAUUUCAUUAACUACUGAUAAUGGAUCUAACAUGAUUUCUGGAGCAGGAUAUUUACAGGAUAAAUUAAAUUUAGAUGAAUUUGCUCAUUACAGAUGUAUAGCACAUAUACUUAAUUUAAUAGUUUCAGCAGGAUUAAAGGUUUUAGAAAGUUCUAUUAAAAAUUUAAGAAAAUUAAUUAAAACAAUUCGUAAAUCAACAAAAUUUCUUGAAGAUUUAAAAAAUAUUGUAGCUUUAGAUAAAAAAACCUUUUUAGCACCAAUUUUAGAUUGCAAAACUAGAUGGAAUUCAACAUAUCAAAUGAUUAGUAGAGCAUGUAAUCUUAAAGAAUAUAUUGAAAUGUUAUUAGUAAAACAUCCAAGUUUAAAAAAUUAUUGGCCAAAUGAAGAAGAUUGGAAUAUAUUUAAACAGUUAAUUCAAUUAUUAGCACAAUUUAAUGAUGCUACUAUUGAACUUUCUUCACAGAAAUAUCCUACAAUAGCAUAUGCACAAAUAAUUUUAUUAUCAAUUAGAAAUGAAUUAGAAUCUAAUCAAAAUAAUGAAUACCCUUUAACAAUAGUUAUUGAAGAAAUGUUAUCUAAAUUUAUUGAAUAUUAUAAUACAAUAGUAGGAUCUUUUCAUAUUGCAGCUUUUUUAGAUCCUAGAUAUAAAAAAUACUGUUUUCCAAAUAUGGAUAAUAAUGAAAUUUUAGGUCCAAUUAGAGAAAAAUUAGAACAACAACCAUCUUUACCAGCACAACCAUCUAAAAAAUCUUCAAGUUUUUAUCAAAAAUUAAAAAGUACAUCUCAAAAUCUACAAUUAACAGAUGAUGAA